UUCUAGCAUUAGGACAUCCAGAAUAUGGAGAACAAACUGAUAUUGGCAACGCUGCUGGCCGUGGCCUCGGUGCUGGCUCUUACCGAGGCGAACCCAUUCAAAAUCGCUCCCAUCGUUCAGCGGAUGUUGGAUGCUUUCCCGGUCCCGAAUGUUCCAGAAGGAUACGUGUCUACAAACGCCAACACGGUUGGAGAUGAGUUCGAAACCCGAGUUGAUCAUUUUGAUCCACUAAACCGAGCCAUGUUCAAAUUUGAAUAUCUAUCCAACGAUGAGUUCUACCAACCCGGUGGACCGAUUUUCAUUUUCCUCGGAGGAAACUGGCCACUAACGCAGUAUUAUAUUGAGCAUGGUCAUUUUCACGAUAUCGCUAAAUACGAAAAUGCCUGGCUUUUCACCAACGAGCAUCGGUAUUACGGCGGCAGUGUUCCGACAGAAGAUCUUUCAGCUGAAAAUCUACGUUUCCUGUCGGUUGAGCAGGCUAUGGUCGAUGUAGCGGAAUGGAUCUGGCAUCUACGACAUAACGUGGUUCGUGACGACAAUGCGAAGGUUAUCUUGGCCGGAUCGGGUUAUGCGGGAGCAAUCGGAACGUGGAUGCGUCAACGCUAUCCGCACUUGGUGGAUGGAGUUUGGGUUUCCAGUGGACAAGUAGAGGCCCGUCUGAACUUUAUGGAAUAUGCCUUCGAAAUCGGUGAAGUGAUCCGAGAGUACGGAUCGGAUGAUUGCUACAGCACCAUCUGGCGAGGUUUCCGCACAGGCGAAAAUCUAAUCGAUUCGGGACUCUCAAGCACCAUUUCUAACGUAUUCAAUACCUGUUUGCCGGUGAAUGGAGACGAUACAUUAGAUGUCGAGUCAUUCUUCUAUAACUUGAAGGAAGCCUUCCAAUCAGCUAUCCUGCAGUCACCGCAAACCACGGAAUCAACGGAAAAAUUGUGUCAUGAAUUGGGGAACAGCACGGGACAAACCGACUUACAUGUACUGGCAGAAUGGGCUGUAAAUCGUUAUUACUACUUGGAUUGUCUGCCAUUCGACUUCGCAACAUCCAUCGAAGUGUUCCGGAACAUUGACAAAAACGUGCCACAGAAUAGAAUUGUAGGUCUACGGCAACGCAUGUUCCAGUUCUGUACCGAGUUUGGUUGGUUCCUUACCGGUGACUUCCCUGAUCAACCAUUUGGAUACCGAGUCACAAUAAAUUUCUUCCUGGGUUUCUGUCAAUCCGUUUACGGAGACUGGUUGACCGGCGACGUUGUCGAAGACGGUGUUCACUUGACCAAUUUACAUUUCGGAGGUCAGAAUCCUCACAUUACCAAGGUUCUGUUUACCAACGGUGGAUUGGAUCCGAUGCGGGACAUUUCCAUAACCGAUUACCACCAGUCGCAAGCAAACGCUAUCGUCAUUCCGGGAUAUUUCAACAGUCCGGACCUGAACUCGAUCAGUGGGUACAAUUCACCUCAACUGAUUCAAGCGAAGCACGACAUUCAGAUGUACAUCGAAAGUUGGCUCUGGGAAUCGGUUAUUCCGGUCCAAAGUGACUAG